AUGGUGUUGGCCGUAGUAUUAGCAUUUUUGGCCUACCUUGUUACCUUGGCGAGGGCGCAAUAUGGCUUUGCAGCGUUCGAUCCUUUCCGAAGUUUCGGAGGUGGACUAGGUGCAUCACUACAGGCUACAAGGGAUCCUAGACAGAAUACUGGACCAGUGGUGUUUCCACCAGCACCACCAGACAGUGGCGAAACCAGCGGUGUGGUAGUAGGAGCUUCGGGCUAUGGAUUCGUACCACCACAAAAAAUACUGGUUCAAAAUCUAAUCAUAUUAAUGCUAAUCCAAUCUCAUCAAAAAAUAAGAGAUGUAGCAGAUAUGGACAUGAGUUACAAAGCUACGCAACGAUACUUUUCCAAAGAAGAAGAUGCAUGCAAUAAAGAUGAAAUCAUUUUAAAUGAUGCUUUAAGUAUUUAUCAACGAAGACAAGCCCUAACAGGAAAACAUGGAAAUUAG